AGAACCAGCUGUGCGCGUCACAGACGCUCGAGCGAGACGACUUCGAAGAGCUCUGCUACCUUUUUUGUUGCCGUGUUCCUAAGAAUCGCUUUUCCAGGUGUCGAGAUGGGGUACAUUUGUGUUUGCUCGACGGAUGGCCUACAACGUGAACUUUGGGCAACAUGCGCUCCGGCGUGGCAGUGGACCUCGUCUUCACUGCCGGCACGUGAGGUGGUAGCGCGCGGGAGUCGCUGGACGGGCGGUGUCUGAAGAAGCGUUCACACGGUGAGGCCACACGCAAAGUGAAGACUGCUUUGGUGGAAAUAGCUGCAUAUUAGUGUCACCAAUGUUAUGUGUGUCGCCGUGUGCGAGCGUGCACGUGAGUGUAUCAGUCAUAAUGUGGAUUCAGUGGGUUGAAGACAACAGCACCUUCCACUCCACCAUCCCAGAGGCAGCAGACCUGGUGGUGGCCAGCAUCUACACCCUCUUUGGUGUUUGUUCGUUACUAGGCAACGGCAUGCUACUGUACGUGUCCUACGAGAAGAGGCCGGAGUUGAAGCCGGCCGAGUUCUUCAUCAUCAACCUGGCGGUCAGCGACCUGGGCAUGACCCUGAGCCUGUACCCUCUGGCCGUCACCUCCAGUAUCUACCACAGGUGGCUGUACGGUGAGGCCGUGUGUCUCCUGUAUGCGUUCUGCGGUGUGCUGUUUGGCAUCUGCAGUCUGAGCACCCUGACGGCGCUCAGCACCGUGUGCUGUCUGAAGGUCUGCUACCCGCUCUACGGCAAGCGCCUGAGCCCCGCCCACAGCCGCCUCCUGAUUGGCUGCUGCUGGGCGUACGCGCUGCUCUUCGCCUGCUCCCCGCUCCUCCACUGGGGGGCGUACGGGCCCGAGCCCUACGGCACGGCGUGCUGCAUCGACUGGCGGCGGUCGCGGCGCGAGGCCGGGGCGCGCUCCUACACGCUGGCGCUGUUGCUGCUGUGCUACGCCGCGCCCUGCUGCGUCAUGCUGCUCUCCUACGGCCACAUCCUGCUGACGGUGCGGGAGUCGCGCCGCGCCGUGGAGCAGCACGCCGUGCCGGCCACCACGCGCCGCACCGGGAGCCUGCAUGCCGUCAUCCUUAAGCUCAGUGUGGCCGUCUGUAUCGGCUUCCUCUUGGCCUGGAGUCCCUAUGCCCUGGUGUCCAUGCUGGCUACCUACGGACACGUCGAGUCCCUGCCCCCCAUGGCGUUCGCCGUGCCCGCGGUCUUCGCGAAGUCCUCCACACUCUACAACCCUCUGAUCUACCUCCUCCUCAAACCCAACUACCGCCACCUCCUGAGCCAACACCUUCUGGCGCAGCGCAAGAAAUGCCCGCGUCUGCUCUGUCCGCCCCGCCUCCCCCUCUGCUCCUUCCGGGGCUCCUUCUCUGACCCCGCCCCCCCAUGUUCUGACUCCGCCCCCCCGUGUUCUGACUCCGUCCCCCAAGCCCAGGCCACACUGGGCCCCUCCCACUGUGACUGCGGGCAGUGCGCGGACACCUUCGAGUGUUUCAAACACUAUCCUCGCUGCUGUCACGGCAAUGUCAAGGCCUCGCAACCCGUACCGGGUGGCCGGUCGGGGGGCCCCGGGGUCUCUCGGGGGCCCAGGCCGGGUGGGGGGUGGGUGCCCGGAGCCGGCCUGGCUCCUGUUCAGGCCGGCUUCUCGACCAAUAGGAAGAGAGUAGGAGUGACGUUCUGCGAUAAGAAGAACAUUCAACAGGAGAGUGAGCUCCCCCUGGAAACUGUUUCCAAAUAGGUCAAGACCCUCGAGAGUCACACAUGAAGGGAGAGGAUACUGCCUGGUAGAUUAUGGUUUAAGAACAACAGUUUAAGAAACCUGAUUGUGAGCAAAGGAUAUUGCUAAUGUCUAUUGUUUUCUAUCUUUUUUUAUGAUAUCGUUUAAAAAAGGCUUUGCCUGCUACACUGUUUUGCUUUUGGGAUUGAAUAAAUCCCUUCCACUGUUGCAUUGUGGGAGCAUGUUUCAAAGGAUUGGGGUUCAGGUUUAGCCUGGUCCUACCAGAAUCUCGUACUUCAUAUGCACAGAGAGUCUGUACCUACUCAAUUGACAAACGUUAACUCGCUUGAAGGCAGGUGUUUGUUGUAGCUUAAAACUAUUGGAUCUGCCCAGUGCCACUCUGGAUCUGCCAUAAUCAAUCGUUAACGUUUGGCCGGGAAUCACGUUGCGCGCAGGCUGUAAACAAACCAAUCACUGUGCGUGAAGAUGUCUGUCAAAAGAGAACUGACUUUAUCGUCUUUGUUCUUAGCCACUCCCUCUGUUUGCUGAUUGGACGCAGAUAAUUUGGACGGAGAAAACCCAACACCACAGACCCAGACGUAGUACUGAAGGGAAAUUAGAAUUGAGCGGAAGUACUUAGGCGGGCGGAGCCAGGCUAGUUCAGUUUCAGAUCCAGUGAAGAACCCGGUACUUCUUUCGACAUGAUCAAUGGAAGCAGCAGAUUGAGACCAAAAUACCAGAUGCAAACUGGACGACAGCCCGAGAGCUGAGGGCUGUCCACUGGGUGUCUAGGGGAGGAUGAACAAUAUGGCUCUUCAUUCAGGACAAUUUGAAAACAUUGAGCUAAUCCAUCGAGAUCACAAGUUACCUCAGCUCUGAAAAAAACAACCUUGUAUCUGCAACCUGCAGUCCUUUUGCUCCAUUAACACCGACAUCUUGGGAACACGCAACUCAGGGACAAACAAAACACGUGCAACAGCAACAACAGUUAAGGUUGAACCAGCAGUAGCUCAGUGAGCUUGUAAAGCCACCACACACUUAAAUCCCUGUCAACGAAUUAACCUCACAAUAACUAUGUAAUGCAUACUACUUUGUGGUGCUCUAGCCAAUCUUAUUUGUUCAACAUUGAUGAGAUGGCUGGUUUUUGCCAUAAGCAAACAUGGGUAAUAUAUACUGUAUUAUGUUCAUUUUAGUGUGUUAUCUUUUAUAGGUUUUGUUUGUUUGUAUUUAGUGUGACGUGAUGCACAUUAAGAGGUUAUGGUAUUUAUACAACCAAUUUCCUUUUUAGAAGAGGUUUAAUUUCCUUGAAUUGGCCUGCACCUAACAAAAGGUAUAAUUUUUCUUUAGGGUGCCAUGGCAUGAAAAUCUCAGUUUGAGGUUUUCUAACAUAAAUAUGAGUUCCCAUAGCCUGCCUAUGGUCCCCCAGUGGCUAAAACUUGCGUUCGGUGUAAAACGAGCACAAGGUGUUCUGCUCGCCUUUGAAAAAAACGGAGGCUGAAGCGCGCUGAUUUGGAAUGUGAGUUUAUUAUGUCGCCACACUGCAGUAAGCUCCUCCCCUUACUCUGCCUGGCCCGCCCAGAGACUUGGCCCGCCAAUGAGACACGACCGUGCAAGCGCCAUAUGUGUGUGUGUGUGUGUGUGUGUGUGUGAAUACACACACUCAGUGCGUUAACAUGACCCUCAAGAAAAUCAAAUUAUUGGGUUAGUCCAACUAUGAUUGGAUUAUUAAGAUGCAUGUAAACACCUUAGUCAAACUAUAUUCGAAUCGAAUCGAGUUACUCGUAGUCGAAUUAAGACAACUAGUGUGCGACUGGCUCGGAGUGGCUGUAACUCUGCACCACGGCUGAAUUUCGGGAACGUCUUUGAAUACUGUGUUAGUGGCCCACUGAUACCUAUAUUAAAGCAUCCAUAAAAUAGCAUGUCAUGGCACCUUUAAGGCUUACCAGUGCUCUGAACAUUUCUCUUACCUUAUUUCCUAUCUCCGAACUAAACCUUUCAAUGUGAAUACAGCUUUACUGGUGUAGGCCUACAUUCUAAAGGGUGUACUGUCCAAAAAGAUUCUUCAGAUAAAGCUGCAUAGAUCCAUGGUCCGAGAGUGGAGUUGAUUCAUGCUCUCGGCAUUCAGUGUGAACCCAUGAAGUGAGAUGUUUGAUGAUGCAGUGCUUUGCCACUAAAAAAGGUAUCGUUAGUCUCCAUAAUCCUAAUAUAACUUUGACUAUAUUUGGGUUUAUAAUAUUUCUAUUGUGUAUUGAUUUAUUUUAUGAUUCAUAUCCACUGCAAAAUAAUAUUUGAAUAACAUCUAUUUUCCUUCGACAUUUGAUCCCUGACAGAAACCUAAACUGAACACAUCUGAAAAACAUGUUAAAAUGUAAAAAGUAAAUAAAACCAUCUGAUAAAUAAAAGGAAUUCAUUUUAGCAAGGAAUUAUUCAUACAAUGGAAAUUGCAUUCUCAUGCUUGAUCAUAUUUGUAUUUUAUGCGUUAUAUUAUCCAUGGUAAUUAAGGGAAAAAUGAUAUUGGCAUGUCACAUGUAUAAUCUAUGUUUAUUCAAGAUUAUAUUUAGGUAAUUUAUAUGAACCAAACUAGUUUUGUUUUCCUCUUACAUUUUGAGUAUGUAGCAACCAAGUGAUGUGAUGUGGACAUGUGAUAACAUUCAACCUGGCAUGAAGGACAGACACAAGAGGUGGUUUUCAAGAACAUGGCAAUGGAGUGUUUAUUUUCAGUUAACCAAAAAAAAAA